AUGCGCUAUGACUUUAUCCUAUUUAUUGUAUCUCUUAUUCUAGCAGCCUUGACAUCAACUCAACAAGUAAGAGCAGCUCACUCUUCAAGCUCAUCGGGAAGUUUUGAUUGGCGUGCUUUGCUUCAAUUCCCAGCAGAGGAAACAACAGAGGAACAAGAACUUACAUCGCCAUCAAAAUUGACAAAAGCAGGAAACCAAUCGCAAGGCAUGCUUUCAAAUGAAGUUAAAUCUUUUUCAAAAGCGGGAGAAAUGAACAGUAUACCAAAUACGAAGAAGGCAGGGAAGGAGUCUGCAACACGCAAGAAACCAAGGGGCUUUCGUUAUCAAAAAGAGAAAGAACGUAUAGCCAAGUUGGCUCCUGAUGAACAGAUUCGUAAGAAAAUGACGCAAGUGGGUAGUCAGAAAAGAUAUCGAGCGAAAAUAAAGGGAGAAACAGGCUUUAGCUCCAAGAAAGCAGCAUAUCAAGGAGAACUUUUCAGGCUUUAUAGAUUGGGUGAAACAACCGAUGAACAAGCUCGAGAAUUGGAAAUUAUACGUGCCGAGCGAAAAUUGAGAAGAGAUAAAAGCUUGAAGAAUCGAUUAGCAAAGCUUGAUAAAACCAAGCCUUAA